CACCUUGUCCAUUUGAUUAUAAGAAGCCAAGUGAUUGAACCAAGGGAUGGAAAUGACAUGUCGAAAGGCUAUGAUACUACAAGUGAAUUUAUAAGGAAUUAUAAUGACGGAGGUAAUCCUCACAGUGGCCAAAGUGAUGACAGAAGCGGCAAUGACAAUUAUAGUGAUGGUAGAAGGGGUGAUGGUGGGAGUGGCAAUAGAGAUGACAAUAAUGACAAAGAUAGCAGUAGUAACUCCAGUAAUAAACUUAUUUCAGUCUCCUCUGUGGCAGCGGCCAGAGCUAAAGAUCAAGAUUUUCUUUCCACGACUUGCUAUCAUGAUUAG